CCGCCGCCGCCCGGCCUGGGAGAAGAAGAGACGCGACGCUUCCCUUUGACAUAUAAACAAGGAUUUCUAAUCACAGUAGCAGAGAAGUUGAAUUUUGGAAACGUUCUUCUUGGUUUACAAACUUCCUAUAACUCAAGCUUCUAGCAUUGCCAUCAUUGGGAAGAUUUGGCUACUUUGCUACAAUCCUUAUAAUUGUUCCAGGGAAUGCACCAUGACAUCAGCAGUAGUUGACAGUGGAGGUUCAGGCCUGGAGUUUGACAACAAUGGAGUACAAAUUCAAGUCGAGGAGGAUGACCCAGUCAUUGGCUAUCCAGCGGUGAUUGUAGAGCCGGUGCCAAGUGCCAGAGUAGAACAAGGAUAUGCUGCCCAGAUCUUUGUAUAUGAUGAUGAAACAUAUCUGCUACAAGAUGUUGCAGAAGAACAAGAAAUUGAGACUGAAACUGUAAAAACAGUGGAAGCAUCAGUUCAUGGCAGCAAUGUUCACUGUUCAGACAAGACGAUUGAAGCAGCAGAAGCCUUGCUUCACAUGGAAUCUCCAACCUGCUUAAGAGAUGCUCGAACUCCUGUGGAAGUUUUUAUGCCGCCUUGUGUGUCGACUCCAGAGUUCAUUCAUGCUGCAAUGAGGCCGGAUGUGAUCACAGAGACAGUAGUGGAGGUAUCAACUGAGGAGGCUGAACCAAUGGAUACCUCUCCUAUACCAACAUCUCCAGAGAUUCAUGAGCCAAUGAAGAAAAAAAAAGCUGGCCGCAAGCCAAAAACUCAAGCACCAUCAGCCAUUUCCAGUUCAUCUCCAGACUUGGGCAUAAAGAAGAAGCCAAGAGAAGGCAAAGGAAAUACAACCUACUUGUGGGAAUUCCUUCUAGACUUGCUUCAGGACAAAAACACCUGUCCUCGCUAUAUCAAAUGGACCCAGCGGGAGAAGGGCAUCUUUAAACUUGUGGACUCAAAGGCAGUUUCUAAACUAUGGGGAAAACACAAGAACAAGCCUGACAUGAACUACGAAACAAUGGGAAGGGCCCUGAGAUACUACUAUCAAAGAGGAAUUCUGGCAAAAGUUGAAGGGCAAAGGCUUGUAUAUCAGUUUAAAGAAAUGCCCAAAAACAUUGUGGUAAUAGAUGACAAAAGUGAAUGUGGCGGUGAAGAUUUGUCAAUACCAACAGAUGAGAAAUCGUUAGAGCGCGUGUCAUUGUCUGCAGAAAAUCUCUUGAAAGCAGCGACCUCCGCUCGCAUGGGGAAAAACGCUUCUCAGUUGAACUGCACAAGAGCAGAGAAGCCAGUUACCAGAGUGAUGAAUAUCUCCUCAUCUGGGCAUGAAAUGUCACCUUGUUCUCCCACCACCACUACUGUAACAGCGACGACUGCUCCCAGAACUGUCCGCGUGGCAAUGCAAGUGCCUGUUGUAAUGACGUCCUUGGGGCAGAAAAUUUCAACUGUUGCAGUGCAGUCAGUAAACGCAGGGUCACCGUUAAUUACAAACACAAGCCCAACAGCAGCAACAACCCCAAAGGUGGUCAUCCAGACAAUCCCUACUGUGAUGCCGGCAUCUGCUGAAAAUGGAGAGAAAAUCACAAUGCAGCCUGCAAAAAUCAUUACCAUCCCUGCCACACAACUGGCACAGUGCCAGCUGCAAACGAAAACAGGUCUGCCUGGGACAGGAAGUAUCAACAUAGUUGGAACGCCAUUGGCUGUCAGAGCACUCACUCCAGUAUCUCUAGCCCAUGGGACACCAGUGAUGAGACUCUCCAUGCCUCCCCAGCAGGCCAGCGGCCAUACUCCUCCCAGAGUUAUUAGCGCCAUCAUCAAAGGGCCAGAAGUCAAAUCUGAAGCCGUGGCUUUAAAGCAGGAACAGGAAGUUAAAACCCUGCAGCUUAUACAAGAAGAAAAGCCAGCAGAUGGAACCAAGACAGUCACUCAUGUAGUUGUCGUCAGUACGCCCUCAGCCAUUGCCCUCCCUGUAACCGUGAAAACGGAGGGAAUAGUAACGUGCGAGAAAUGAAGAAAGGGCAACUAUGAACAUUAGCUAGCAUGGUCCAUUGUGGAGUUGAGCAAACUGACAUAUUGAGGGAGGCAGGGAAAUGGACACAAUCAAGGC